AUGGCAAAUUCAAGAACGGAUAGCACGACCCACAGAGUGAAGAAGGCGGCUCGGAAGGUCAGGAGCAAGUUUUCUAGACAUCAAGUUGGCCACACGGGUGUCGAUGGGCUACCGGAAAAAGAGAACCUCUACUUGAAUGACUUGAGACUUUUGAAGAGGCACCAGAACCCUGAUGAGCCGCCUGGUCUCCCCGCGACCACAGACACACAAACGUUCCCGAGAAUCGAUAGAAUCAACGAUGAUAAUAGCAAUGUUCCAGAUGAUUGGACCUGGCAUGACAGGGAUCUGGAUCCAGAGGAUAUUGAUGCCAAUAUUGAAAGAUGCGAGCGGCGAAUCAAGCAAAACAUCCUCCCCACUAUCUGGGCCAGAAGAUUGGCCGACUAUCAAGCGAAGAGGAAGAAGCUUCAUAACAUGGUUAUAGUUUGGCGUCCCAUCACCGACCCAGCAAUUAUCAAACGCCUGGGAACGCUACGCUAUUUAGAAAACAAUUUGCUAGCCAACGUAGCUCCAGUGAAGGAAGCGAAGGAAACAAAGGAAACGAAAGAAACGAAGGAAGGCAAGGCUAAUGACAAAGGGAAAAAGUUCGAUUACGCCAGCCAUCUGCCAAAUAUCAAAGCUAUCAUAGCGGCCUAUCAAGCGGGUACCUUGGCGGCUCCCAAUGGAACAACAGUCACCUACUGGUCCUGUGGAACUCUAGUCCAAGGACCAGAGGAAUUCGACGAGCAGAGGUAUCGGGAAUGCGCCGAAGCCAACCGAGGAGAAGUUGGAUUUUGGGUGGAGGGCGGAGAGGGCGUGAAUCCGUUGGAAACAUAUGCCGUAUAUGAUCCCAAUUGCCUUCAAUUCACAUCCUGGCCGAACACGCAACAAGGUUUACAUAUGAUGAAAUUUGCCGUACGCGUCCCCGGUGCCGCUGAAGACCGGUAUUUCGAAUUUGACUUUUUGGAUGAUACAGGGUCGUCGAUCAUGUUGAUUUACCAGGACGAUAUCGUAGACCUGCAAGAGCUGUCAGGCAGGAACUGCCCACUUUUGAACACCGUGGGGCUGAAAGCACUCAACCGUGGUCUCAUUACCCAUACCUAUCGAGUCGAGGUGAACAUCAUCAAUGCCUGGGGGAAUCCUGUCCUCCAAGAUUGGGUAUCGGUCCAGUGCGGAAUACACCCAGGUGAGCGCAGAGAACUCACAGAUAGAAGAAUCAGCGGCCCCUGGAUGAGACAUGUCCUUUUCACGGGGACCUGCCCAACCAACGGCGAGAAACUGUACGUUGGUCCAAACAAAACUUCGGUGAUCGACAUGCUGCGCAGCGCACGCGCUCCCGGCAUCCCCCCGAAAUUACUGGAAGAGUACGGAGUUUACUAG